UACCAUGAAGCUGAUCAUCCUCAAUGACUAUGACCAGGCGAGCGAGUGGGCUGCAAAGUACAUCAGAAACAAGAUAUUACUGUUCGGCCCCGGUCCAGACAAAUACUUCACUCUGGGUCUCCCCACAGGAAGUACGCCUUUGGGUUGUUAUAAAAAGCUGAUCCAGUACUGUAAGAAUGGAGAACUCUCUUUCCAGUAUGUAAAGACUUUCAACAUGGAUGAAUAUGUAGGCUUACCUAGAGAUCACCCUGAGAGCUACCACUCCUUCAUGUGGAACAACUUCUUCAAGCACAUAGACAUAAGAGCGGAGAACACUCACAUCCUCGAUGGCAACGCAGCUGACCUGCAGGCAGAAUGUGAUGCUUUUGAGAAAAAGAUAAUGGAUGCUGGAGGAAUCGAGUUGUUUGUUGGAGGGAUUGGACCCGACGGUCACAUCGCUUUUAACGAGCCUGGUUCAAGCUUGGUUUCCAGGACCAGGGUAAAGACCCUGGCAAAGGACACAAUCAUGGCUAAUGCCCGAUUCUUUGACGGGGAUCUUUCCAAGGUGCCCACCAUGGCGCUGACUGUAGGAGUAGGCACAGUCAUGGAUGCAAAAGAGGUCAUGAUCCUCAUCACUGGUGCGCACAAGGCAUUUGCCUUAUAUAAAGCUAUAGAGGACGGCGUGAAUCACAUGUGGACAGUAUCUGCUUUCCAGCAGCACCCACAGACUGUUUUUGUAUGCGAUGAAGAUGCCACAUUAGAACUGCGAGUCAAAACCGUGAAAUACUUUAAAGGGAUGAUGCAUGUGCACAACAAGCUGGUGGAGUCACUUAAUUCAGAAUCUAAGAAGAAGUGAUCUAAGGAGACCAACGCUGUGGGUUAAUGAAGCAUUUUGAAGCACAAUUAACUCCUUAAUAAUUCCUUUGUGUUCUGGUGGAAACGCAUUGCUAUAUGUAGUCAUUUUAAUCGUUGGAAUCAAUGAAUCUCUAUAUUACUAUUCAAGUGCCUGUAUCACAGAGGUCUUUACCUAUUCAGAUGAUUGUUAUACUUUGAUAGCUGUGCUAUGCAUUUUUGUUUUGUAAUAAAGUCUUUUCCUGUCUCUUAA